CGUCACCAGCAGGUGUCUGAACACUGACCAACUCCUGCAGUCUGUCAGCAGUGUUAAGUGGGACAUCAAGGACAUCAUGUCACAGCAUAAUAACUAUGUGGACGUCAUACUGAGGGAACUUCAAGUGUUUAGUAACAGGCUAAAUGGGGUCAGUCGCCGUGUCCCGCUUCCUGAAGCUGUUUCCAAGGUAAUGUGGGAGCAUGUGAUAGGACUUGCCAAUAGGACGCUAGUAGAAGGUUACGCCAGUGCCAAGAAGUGCACCAACGAGGGCCGUGCCUUAAUGCAGCUGGACUUCCAACAGCUGCUGAUGAAACUGGAAAAGUUGACCAACAUCCGACCAAUACCAGAGCGAGAGUUUGUGGACGCUUACAUCAAGGCGUAUUACCUGCCAGAGACGCAGCUAGAGCUCUGGAUCAGGGACAGGAGGGAAUACUCUCCCAAACAACUGAUCUCUCUCAUCAACUGUGUGGACCACAUCAACAAAAGAGGAAGACAGAGACUGGUGGCAAUGGUGGAGGAAUCUGCCAACAGGAGAUAGCACAUUUUGUGAACUGCAUUGCGUUAGUUGUGACUUUAGAGACAGCAUGUUGUGUUAGCUGUGAACUACAUUGCAUUAGCUGUGACUUGGGAAGACGCAUUGUGUCACUGUGAAUUGCAUUGAAUUGGCUGUGAACAGCACAUUGUGUUCCUGUGAAGUGGGAGUGCAUUGUCUAUUGUGUUUGCUGUGAACAAGGGGACAUUGCGUUAGCUGUGAACUGGGAGACAGCUUAUUGCAUUAGCUGUGAACUGGGAGACAGCACAUUGCGUUAGCUGUGAACUGGGAGACAGCUUAUUGCAUUAGCUGUGAACUGGGAGACAGCACAUUGCGUUAGCUGUCAAC